GCCGCCGCCUGGCUGGGGUGCCGGCAUGGCCGCGGGCUUGUGAGCGCGGGGCGCACGAGGGGCCGCUGCCACCAUGCCCGGGGGUGUGGGCGCCGCCCGGCGCUGCCUGCUGGCGCUCGCCCUGCUGGCAUGGACCAGAAGAGGAAGAGGGGAAGGCAGCCCCCAGCCACAGCAUGAACUAAUAAUACCUCAGUGGAAGGCUGCAGAAGGCCCUAUGGGAGAAAAGCAUCCACUCAAAGCUGAGCUCAGGGUAAUGGCCGAGGGGCGAGAGCUGAUCCUGGACCUGGAGAAGAAUGAAUACCUUUUCGCUCCAACCUACACAGAAACGCAUUAUACUCCGAGUGGCAACCCUCGAACCACCACGCUGAAAUCCGAGGAUCACUGCUUUUACCAUGGGACGGUGAGGAAGGCGGAAGAAUCCAGUGUCACGCUCAGCACCUGCCGAGGAAUGAGAGGACUGAUUGUGGUGAACAGUAACCUCAGCUACAUCAUCGAGCCCCUCCCCGACAGUGGGGGCCACCACCUUAUUUACAGAUCUGAACAUCUCAAGCUGCCUCCCGGGAACUGUGGGUUCGAGCACUCUGGAAACACCAGCAGGGACUGGGGCUUUCAGUUUACAAACCAGAUCAAGAAACGACCUCACCGGAUAAAAAGGGAAGACUUGAACUACAUGAAGUACGUGGAGCUCUACAUUGUGGCUGAUUCUGCGGAGUUUACCAAGAAUGGACGAGAUCUGGAAGCCACCAAAAACAAGCUCAUCGAGAUCGCCAAUUAUGUUGAUAAGUUUUACCGACCCUACAACAUCCGGAUUGCUCUCGUGGGCUUGGAAGUAUGGACUCAUGGGGAUCAGUGUGAAAUUUCAACAAACCCCUACACCACCCUCUGGUCAUUUCUUCGUUGGAGGCGCAAGCUGGUCUUUCGGAAGAAGCACGACAAUGCACAGUUAAUCACUGGCGUGCGUUUCCAGGGCGUCACCAUCGGCCUGGCCCCCCUCAACGUCAUGUGCUCCGUGUACCAGUCUGGAGGCGUGAACAUGGACCACUCUGAGAAUUCCAUUGGCGUGGCUGCCACCAUGGCCCAUGAGAUGGGCCACAACUUCGGCAUGACCCAUGAUCUGAAAGGUUGCUGCCACGCCAGCGCGGCUGACGGUGGGUGCAUCAUGGCAGCCGCCACCGGGCAUCCUUUUCCCAAAGUGUUCAAUGGAUGCAACAGGAGGGAGCUGGAAAGGUAUUUGCAGUCAGGUGGUGGGAUGUGUCUCUCGAACAUGCCAGACAUCAAGAUGCUGUACGGAGGCCGGAGAUGCGGAAAUGGGUACCUGGAAGAAGGGGAAGAGUGUGACUGUGGGGAGGAAGAGGAAUGUGACAAUCCCUGCUGCAAUGCCUCUAACUGCACCCUGAGGGACGGGGCGGAGUGUGCCCACGGCUCCUGCUGUCACCGCUGUAAGCUGGUGGCCCCUGGCACGCUGUGCCGCCCACAGGCCCGGCAGUGCGACCUCCCAGAGUUCUGCACGGGCAAGUCUCCCCACUGUCCCACCAACUUCUACCAGAUGGACGGCACCUCCUGUGAGGGCGGCCAGGCCUACUGCUACAACGGCAUGUGCCUCACCUACCAGGCCCAGUGCGAGCAGCUGUGGGGUCCCGGUGCCCAGCUUGCUCACGACCUCUGCUUCGAGAGGGUGAAUGUGGCAGGGGACACCUAUGGGAACUGUGGGAAGGACAUGAAUGGGAAACACAAGAAGUGCAGCAUCAGGGAUGCCAAGUGUGGGAAGAUCCAGUGUCAGGCUUCUCAGUCCCGGCCCCUGGAGUACAACGCCGUGGCCAUCGACACCACCAUCACCAUAAAUGGGCGGGAAGUCCAGUGUCGGGGCAUCCAUGUCUACCAAAGUGCCGAGGAGGAGAAUGACAUGCUGGACCCAGGCCUGGUGCUGACGGGGACCAAGUGUGGCUACAACCAUAUUUGCUUCGAGGGGGAGUGCAGGAACACCUCCUUCUUUGAAACCGAAGGCUGCGGGAAGAAGUGCAAUGGCCACGGGGUCUGCAACAACAACCAGAACUGCCACUGCAACUCAGGCUGGGCCCCACCCCACUGCAACACGCCUGGCUUUGGAGGCAGCAUCGACAGCGGGCCCAUGCCCCCUGAGGGCGUAGGUCCCGUGCUGGCCGGCGUGUUCUCGGCCCUCUUCGUGCUGGCGGUGCUCGUGCUGAUAUACUACUGCUGCAAGCAGGACAGCAGGCUGGGCCAGCUCAAGGCCUUUGCCCUUCCCUCCAAGUUGAGGCAACAGUUCAGUUGUCCCUUCAGGGUGUCUCAGAACAGUGGAACUGGACAUGCCAACCCAACAUUCAAGUUGCAGACCCCUCAGGGCAAGCGAAAGGUGAUUAACACCCCUGAACCCCCACGGAAGCCUCCUGUGCCCCCUCCGGACUAUCUGCAGGGCAGCUCCCCACCUGUGCCAUUGCCAGCACACCUCCUCAGGACUCCUAGGAACCCCCCUGGGGCUGGACCCCAAGUAGAGCGGAAGGAGUCAGCCCGGAGGCCGCCCCCAAGCCGGCCAAUGCCCCCCGCACCACAUUGCAUCCUCUCCCAGGAUAUCUCCAGGCCUCGGCCACCUCAGAAGGCGCUCCCGGCAAACCCUGUGCCAGGCCGCAAGAACGUCUCCAGGCCCGGCGGUGCCGCCAUCCUGCCACCCACCGCCGCGGGCCGCCCUCAGCAGUCCUGGCCUCUGUUAACCCCUGCCCCAAAGUUUCCUGACUACACAGCGCAGAGGGCUGGGUGGAUGACUAACUCAAGAAUCUAGGCCUGUCUAGGGGCUGCUUCCUUUCCCGGGACUCAGCACCACAGUCUGGAAGCCGUCUGGCCGCCUCUGAGCCCUUCCUCCCGGACCACCGCAUCUCCGAAAAUCUCCUUGACUCAUUGCCUCCCAGCCUCCUCUCAGGCCCAGAGUCCCCACCAUCCAACGGCAUCCCAGAGUUGUUUUGUGCAAUAUACAGCCCGGGGGGAGAGGAUGAAUGGCGGCUUCUCCAAGCUCCCUUCAACUGGCCC